GGAAGCAAUUUGAUAGCCAGAUUCAUUCUACAGUCUCCACAUUUCCUUUGGGGAGCCGCUGCUGCUCUCCAGCUUCUCCGCAGUGUCUCGGCGCACAUUGCGCGGGAAUUGAGUGGAAACCUGGGCCUGAAACUCCUCCAAUUCAACAUGGCGGGCGAAACUGUGGAACUCAGCCAACUUCCAAUCCCACAUUUAGAAAAUCUGAGAUCUCAAUUAGAGGAGGAAGUGAAAAUACUCGGAGAUUCUAUGAGCCAGCUAAAAGUGGCCCAGCAAAAGUUCGGAGACUCGAAAGAAAAUGUAAAGAAACUAAUUAAUAAGGAAUCAGGAAAACGUAUCCUCGUACCACUGACAAGCUCUAUGUAUGUCCCUGGAACUCUUGAAAACACAAAAUCUGUUUUAGUUAACAUUGGAACUGGUUACUUUGUAGAGAAGGGUCUGAAGGAGGCUGAGGAAUAUUUUGGAAGGAAAGUAGACUUGGUUACAAAACAGCUGGAGCUUCUACAACCUAAGCUAGUUGAAAAACACAAAUUACGACAAGCUGUUCAAGAUAUGUUGAGUGCAAAGGUCCAGGCUCAAGUUCAAGCUCAGUUAGGUGGCAUUCCUGCAAAGACAUAAAAAAUUCCCAUCAACCAAGUGAUUCCUAAACACUUGUGCAAAGAGCAUAUAAGCUGAUGAACUUGCAAAAAACCACAAUAUGACCCUUUUCUUUCAGGGCUGUAUAACGUUGAAUUGACAAUCCUAACCAGGACUUAUACAACACACAAUUUUUUUUAUCAACAGUGUACUAACAAAUACUACAAAUUGAAAACAGGAGCAUUAUGUAAAAGAUGUAUAGUGUUUGUAUGGACUUUGCACUUCUGACUUUCGCUCACAUUUUAACGCUCGCAGUCACUAAGCUUAAGGGUUUCAUUAACAUUUUCAGUAGGAGGGUAAAUGGUUUUCACAGGCAAGCAAAACAGUGUGAAUUAAAAAACCUUUCCUCUAGAUGGUCAAACUAGGUGGACAAAAUCAUCCUAACAGCCGGCCAAUUUGUCCAGUGCCUGGCCCUUAAUGAAACCCCUAAGUCACCAGUCAACAGUGAACCAGCCUGUAAUUUUGGUUUCAAUUUAGGAGUUUUUGUAUUUAUCAUAAUACAGGUGCUGGUCUUGUAAAAGACUUGUUGACAGCCAAUGCUUAGUGAUAUUUUGAUGAUCAACAUAGUACUUAGUCGUAUUUGGUUGACUCAAAAGAUUGCUUCUGCCCAGAUUAUUGAAAUUAUGCCUUAAACAAACUCUUUUUUAUAUCCCUGAAGCUACAAACAAUGAUGAAAUCCAAAGAGACAACAGUUGUACUAGAUCUUUAAUUUAUCUUUAUAUUACAUGCAUAUAUUUUACAAUGCCAUUUAGUUGUAUUUAAAUCUCAGAAUUAGGUUUUAUUUGUCACAACUUAUCAGCUGUAAAAUCAGAAAUUGAGAAUCAAAGUAUAGGAGUCAGAAAUUAAUAAAAUAGAUCUCACUGAUUUGGUUUGCAA